AUGAUGAUAGAUACGCAUCACCACUUUGUGCCCGACUUCUACGCCAAAGCGGUGGAAGAGGCCGGAGGUGACCCGUCGGGCUGGCACGUGCCCAGCUGGAGCACGGAGGCCAGCGAGGCGUCGCUGGCGCAGAACCAGGCCACGACGGCAAUCCUGUCGCUGACGGCGCCGGGGGCGGCGAUCGCGCCGUCGACGGAGGGCUCGCGGGCGCUGGCGCGGCGGGCCAACGAGUUCUGCGCGCAGGUGCGCGACGCGCAGCCCGCGGCGUUCGGCUUCUUCGCGGCGCUGCCGGACCUGCUGGACACGGAGGGGGCGCUGGCCGAGGUGGCGCACGCGCUGGACACGCUGGGCGCCGACGGGGUCACGCUGUUCACGCGCUACGGCCCCGGCCCCUGCUACCUGGGCCACCGCGAGUUCGACGCCGUGUGGGCGGCGCUCGACGCCCGCGCGGCCACCGUCUUCGUCCACCCUACCCACCCGGUCGACACGCGCCGCGCCCACCCGGCCCUCCUGCAGCCCUCGGUCGACUACCCGCACGAGACGACCCGGGCGGCCAUGGACCUGCUGCUGGCCGGCAACCGCCGCCGCUUCCCGCGCUGCAAGGUCAUCCUCUCCCACGCCGGCGGCACCCUGCCCUGGCUCCUCCCGCGCACCAUCUACUCGCGCCGCGGCCUGGCGGCGGAGCAGAUUCCCGACGGCGUCACCUACGAGCAGAUGAUGGCCGACUUCCGCUCCUUCUACUUCGACCUCGCCCUCUCCACCUCCCACCGGGGGCUCGACCUGCUCCUGGCGGCCGUGCCGCAUGACCACAUCACCUACGGCUCGGACUUUCCCUACGCCCCGUCGACAAGCAUUUCCAACUUCCGGGCCGACCUGGAAUCGUACCCCAUGGACAAGGAGCUCAGGGAGAAGAUCUAUUUCCGCAAUGCCCUCGCCUUGCUUCCGAGACUGCGGCAGUAUUUUGAGUAGCUCAAACCGGAGCGGACGAUUUGCGGCGAGCAUGUAGAGUUGAAACGACGAGCAGGCUUGGUUCAUUGCGAUUCAGAGGAAACGAGAGUGGCGGUUCGUUCGACUUUGACGUGUCGGGCAGUGGGGAUAUGUCAAGUGUCCGCUUGUGAAUAAGUCCUACCUGUCCAAGCCAGGGCACUGGUCCAGAAUAAAUCAAUCCUCGAGACAAUAGCUGUACCUA